AUGUUUGCCGAUGAUAUUAAAGUUUUCGGUGAUGUCUCCACUCCGUUUGGUACCGCUGCCCUGCAUCAAUCCCUAAUAAAUAUUGGCAACUGGUGUCAGAACAACUCCAUGGAGCUUAAUGUCCAGAAAUGUGUCGUAGUUUCUUUCAAGCGUGGUGCAGGAGCCCUUCAACAUAAUUAUAUCUUACACGAUUGUGUCCUGCGUAGGGUCCACAAAAUAAGGGAUUUAGGUGUAAUAAUGACUCCUUCACUUAGUCCUUCGGAGCACAUUGCACAUGAUGUUUCAAGAGCUAGCUCUCUAUUGGGUUUCAUAUUUAGAUCUACAAGAAGCUUCAACUCACCUCAGUCCAUUGUUAGUCUUUUUAAAUCUUUGGUGCGCCCAAUCCUGGAGUAUGGUUCCGUUAUAUGGUCCCCUUACCAACUAAAUCACAAGGAACAGCUACAACAUGUUCAGAACCGUUUCAUCAGGAUGCUUGGUCCAAGACUGGGGUUCAGCUACCGCACUACACCUGUCUCUGAUGUCGAGAGUCAUUUUGGCCUUCUCCCACUACAUCUUCGUCGCCACCACGCUGAUCUCCUGUUCUUGUUCAAGCUUUUAAAUGGCCUCGUUGACUGCCCGGAACUGCUCAGCUCCAUUGACAUUUGUGUUACAAGAGGUCUGCACUGA